AUUGAUAGGUAUUUUAUAUAUGGUCUCCAAAUAAUCGGGCCAGUCCGCAGUCUGGUUGGGCCAGUCUGGUUUCAGAGUUCACAUCGAACCUGGUUUUACCAUACUUCAUAGACAUACAUCGAACCUGGUCCUUCUCUCUGUCUCUCCUGAUUUAUGAGACCAACACUGCAUAGUGCAUACACAUCUUGUGAGGAAUUUCAGAGUUCGAAGAUCAAUGAGAAGAUGACUACCAAUGAAGAAAAAGUGAAGGACCUUGACGCAGGGGCACUUUUUGUUCUCAAAUCAGAAGGUUCAUGGAUUCAUUGUGGGUACCACCUAACGACCUCCAUUGUUGCCCCUGCUCUAUUGAGCCUGCCUUUUGCACUUGCUUCUCUUGGUUGGGUGCUCGGGCUUUUGUGCUUGACAAUUGGGGCUUUGGUCACUUUUUAUUCAUACAACCUUCUCUCUCUAGUGCUAGAGCACCAUGCACAGCAAGGCCAGCGCCACCUAAGGUUCAGGGACAUGGCCCAUCAUAUUCUAGGACCUAGAUGGGCUCGAUAUUUUGUGGGUCCAAUUCAAUUUGCGGUUUGUUAUGGUGCGGUCGUUGGUUGUACCUUGCUCGGAGGCCAAAGCAUGAAGUCCAUAUACUUAAUCAACCAUCCAAACGGGGGAAUGAAGCUAUUCGAAUUCGUAAUGAUAUUUGGAUGCCUCAUGUUGGUGUUGGCUCAAGUUCCCUCCUUCCAUGCCUUGAGACACAUAAAUUUGGUUUCCCUAAUUCUCGCUCUUGGUUAUAGUGCAUGUGCCACUGCUGGAUCCAUCCAUGUUGGAAAUUCGAGUGAUGCUCAUAAAGACUAUUCUCUCAAUGGAGACACUGCAAGUCGCAUGUUUGCAGGAUUCAAUGCCAUGGCCAUCAUAGCAACCACCUAUGGGAAUGGUAUCAUCCCAGAAAUACAGGCAACAUUGGCACCACCAGUGAAAGGGAAAAUGUUUAAGGGACUAUUAGUUUGUUACAGUGUGGUCUUUGUUACAUUCUUUAGUGUUGCCAUUUCUGGGUAUUGGGCAUUUGGAAACAAGGCAGGGGGUACAAUCCUGGCCAAUUUCUUUGUUGAUGGAAAAGCCCUUGUCCCCAAGUGGCUCCUCGUCCUCUCUAACCUUUUUGCACUCCUUCAAGUAUCAGCUGUUGGUGUGGUGUACUUGCAACCCACGAAUGAAGUUUUGGAAAGAAAAUUCGGCGAUGCUAUGAGCGCCGAAUUCUCGCCCCGAAAUGUUAUUCCCAGGUUAAUAUUGCGGUCAAUUUCGGUGGCAUUGGCCACCUUGUUGGCCGCAAUGCUACCCUUCUUCGGAGAUAUCAACGCAUUGAUUGGGGCUUUUGGAUUUAUCCCCUUGGACUUUGUUUUGCCGGUUGUUUUCUAUAAUACCACAUUUGCCCCAUCAAAGAAGAGCUUCCUCUUUUGGGGAAAUACCACAAUUGCCCUUGUUUUCUCAGCCGUUGGAUUGAUCGGGGCAGUGUCUGCAGUUCGUCAGAUCUAUUUGGAUGCCGAUAACUAUAGAUUGUUUGCUAAUGUGUAAAUAAUAAUCCGAUUGUUA